GUCAACAUGCGUAUAACUCUCUUUUCAUCUCUCGCUGCUUUGGCAGUGCUGAGUAGCGCGCAAACACAUGGCGAGGUUGAAGAAGGAAGUAGUAUGGGACCCGUAGCCUUCCUCUGGCCACCAGACCGAGUAUGGGAUGCGCAGCACGAUAAUACCACACCAUGUGGAAGUUCAGCUGGUCCAUCAAACCGAACCAUCUAUCCACUGUCGCAAGGUGCUGUUGCGUUGAGUAUCGCCGACGAGGCAUGGCACAUCGCCAUUCGACUGGCCGUGUCGGACAACCCCGUGACCCAAGCAGAUUUUGACGACCAAGUUGUGAACAAUGUCACAGAAGUCGACCCAGGCCACCAGUGCUACUCGAUCGACCGCCUCGAAGACAUCCCCGCCGGUACAAACGCCACGAUCCAGCUAGAAUACUGGUCCGAGCUCGAGGGCGAGAAUAACGGCAACAACCAGUCGUUCUUUGCCUGUGCUGAUAUCACCUUCGUUGAAACAAUCAACUUCUCAAUCAAAGUCCCCUGUUUCAACGUCACGUCCGACGACUUCAACGCCCCAACGCCCAGCGCCACAUCUCAGUUAGCCACACCAGGUCUGUCCUCUAGCGGUGGCGGUCUCUCCACCGGCGCAAAGGCAGGCAUCGCCGUCGGAUCUAUCGUCGGUGGCCUGGCAAUAUUGGGCGCUGUUGGGUUUUUCUUGUGGAGGAGGGGGAAGAAUGCUGGACUGAAGAAUAAGGAUGCGUAUGAAUUGAGGGCGAAGAAUCUGGGUACGCCUCCGGGUUAUACCACUGCAUGAGCGCUAUGAUCGCCUAGAGAAAGUUUGAGCAGUUAGCUGUAUGCGGACGGCAGCAAGCGGUGGAUGGGGUUUGAAGUGUGGGAAGUGGUUGUGAGAUCUUGACGAAAUGACAGAAUGAUACUGUACAUUCUGCACUUGACUCUCGUGUUGCGAUUCGAACUUUUCAUUCCUUGUCGUGGAGGGCUUU